CUCGACACCGCUUGUGUGUCACACACGCUCCUGGCCACUGGAGUUCACAAAUCUUUCUGGAUUUACUUAAAACAUACUGAACGAGUGUUUCUUGCGGAUAAGUCGGUGUAUGGGUGAGAUAUGAACAGGCCUCGAGCAGUACUCGGUUUAGCGGAAGAAGAUAACCGGACUCUGUCGCGGCGGGAAGUUGCUGACAGCCUUCUGAAGGCACGCUUUCUAGAAGCGCUCACGCGUAACGAUGCGGUGGAGGUUGCAAAAAUCCUUCGCACCACCAGCAUUGAAAUAGACACCGUGUUAGACGUGGAGGACCGCGAUAUGAUCCUUGCCUCGUAUAAGCAAGGUUACUGGCUGCCAAGUCAUAAGUUGGAGACAUCCUGGGCGAUGGGUCUGCACGUGUGUAUGAUGUACAAUGCACUGGAGAGCGCCAUAGUCCUUCUGCAGAAUGGGGCAGCGGUCAACAGGAAACCUAAUGGGAAAACCCCUCUACAUGUGGCCUGUGCGGUGUCUAACGCUGACUGCGUGGGACUUCUGCUGGAUUGGGGUGCACGGAUCAACAGUAUGUCCCUGAGUGGACAUACUCCUUUACACUUCUGCAUCACACAAGAGUCUUUGGACUGUGCCAAACAACUUGUUCUCAAAGGAGCGAAUAUCAACAUGCCCAGUGAGGAGAACCAGGACACCCCUCUUCACACUGCGGCCCGCUACGGUAUCCCAGAGCUGGUGGCUUUCUAUAUUGCCCAUGGAGCAGAUAUCAAUGCAGUCAAUGGCUGCAUGGAAACUCCUCUGAUCACUGCUGCAUUCUGGGCCAUGGACAUUCGUGAGCGGACCUACAGCUCGGACCACCAGCUUGUCUGCCGGAUCCUGUUGGACCACAAUGCUAACGUACAUUUAUAUGAGGAAGACAAGAAGACAGCGCUGCACAAAGCUUGCUGGAACUGUGAUCAUGUGCUCAUCCAGAUGUUCCUGGAGGCCGGCGCCAAGACUAAUGCUAUGGAUAUGAAUGGAUGCGCAGCUAUACAGUAUCUGCUGAAGGUGACGCAGAUCAGGCCGUGGGCCAUUCCUGAACGCUGCUAUCAGCUGCUUCUGAACUACGGAGCAGCACGAGUGUAUCCACCACAGUUUCACAAGGUGUUGCAGACAUGUCAUGAAUACCCCAGGGCUGUGGAGGUUAUGGUCAAUUCUUAUGAACAUAUCAAGCACACAAAGAAGUGGAGAGCUGCUAUUCCUGAAGCUGUAUAUGAGAGGUACAAGGAUUUCUAUGAUUCUUUGUUUGCUGUCUGCACCAACAAUCCACGCUCUCUACAGCAUCUGGCCAGAUGUACAAUACGUGCAGUACUGUCGAAUCACUGUGAACUAGGUGUCCAGCAGCUCCUUCUUCCUUCAUCAUUGAAGAAAUACUUACUUCUGGAGCCUGUAGGAAUCAUAUACUGACACUCUUCUACAUUAUAAGACUUCAAAUUCAGAUUUUGUUACAGUGUAAACAAUGCUCCAAAACUUGCUUGCUUUUUGUUUUAUGUUUUUUAAAAAAAAAAAAAAUCUUUUUUUUUUUGAUCCUUUACCAGGGCACAAGAAUAAUGUUGAUGUAUUUAAUAAUAUUAUGUAUUAUUACAAAAAUAUACUAUUCAAUAUAUAAACAAU